UUUUUGGCGUAAAAUUUUUUUCUUUCUUUUUUAAUUCAACAAUAUGAAUGGAUUAGAGUAGAGUUGAGCGGGAUUUGUUGUUUGAAUGAACCUGGACGGAAUAUUAGGUAUUGGGUGUGCUUUGGUAAUGGUUAUAAAUUAAUUUGGGAAAGGAAACCCUAGAAACCAUCGAGUGUGGGGAACAAAAAAGGGGUGGGGAAAAGGUGGGAAACUGAUUCUGGACUUCAACGCUAAUGGGAUUUUUCUUUUUUCCUUUACUUCUCUUCUGAGUCUUCUCUUCUCUUUUUGCAUUUCUUUUCAAUAAAAUAAUAGUGAACUUGUGUUACUUUUUUCUUUCUUAUAUCUUCUUUAUGGUUUUCGUAACAGAGAAAAAGAGCCCAAAUGUGAUUUGAAGGAAAUAAGCUGACUUUUUAAAAGUUAUGAUUAUUAUUAUUGGUUAUUUUUCCCCUCAAUAUUGAUGCAACUAUUAAACUCCACACUAUGGAUGGUUUGGACAAAAUUGCUUUUUCUUUUUUCUUUUUUCUUUUUCACUUCUAUGAAACUAUUGCUUCCAAUCCUUUGAGUUAUGGCAGGUGCAUUUUAGUGUACAUGGGACAAGAUCUUGAGGUCCUACACCAUUAAGAGGAUUUUAUGUUUUUGAAGUGGAAGAUAUAAAGUGAACUUAAUUCACACUUUCUUUAGAAGUUCAAAUCUCCAUAUCUCACACUUGUACUAAAAACAAUAGUACAUAUUACUUUUAUUCAACAUUCGACAUGGUAUUAGAUAUUUUUUUAUCUAUUUGAUUGAUUCAUGUGCAAGUUCAUAAUAAAGUAUUUUAUUUUCCACUGCUUGUAUUCUAGUCAUUUGUCCUCAUCGAUAAUCAUAAUUUCGACCCUUGUAUUGAAUGGGGACAUUUGGUCGCAUUGUUAGACUUUUCUUCGAUAGAAAUUCCACAUGAAACCCCUCAAAAAAAUUGCUAGACAAAUGCAAACUUAGACAGCUAGUGAAGAAAAGUCCGCAUGGGCCUAACUGAUACGGGAUUUUCUUUGGAUCUCUUUCGCUAAGGUCUUUCCUGAUUUGUGAUUGGCCUACAAGGUGACAUUUCAACAUUUAUUUAUUGAUUUGAAAUCAUAAAACAGAGACUUUCUCACAUGGCCAGUACUAGUCAAAAUUAUUGACGAAAUACUUAUAGUUUUAUCAUUAUGCAAGCUGCUGCUCAUAAUUGUAUACCCAACCUAAAGUCAAUGCCUUCCAAUAGUUGUUAUGUAGAUGAUAUUAUCGAUUCACACCAAUUAAAUGAGUUUGCGGAUAUUUUUUCUGGUUUAACUGCAGCUUAACUUUUAAACUAAAGACCUUACGUACGUCUUGACGUUUAAAUUAACCACUUAUAGAAGUAAAUUUGCUUUUGAUAAUUCUUCUAUGCUGCUUGAAAAGUUUGACUUGGAACCUCCCGAGAUCUUAUAUAAUAAAGAAGUUGGCCUAUAAAACUCAGUUGAAGAGUCUCCACCAUUGCUUGUACCAUUUGUUUUCCAAUUUUAUAAGCUUGGCUUCAGUUUUCUCAGGUGAACUAAUCUAUUCAUGGACUCGAGAGGCCAUUCCAAUGGCAGAGAACUCGAAACAAAAGAAAUGGACAUCAGAAGUCUUUCAUCUUCACGCACCAAUACGCAGUCCAUUCAUAAGGUGGGGGUUCCACCGAAGCAAAAUCUCUUCAAAGAGUUUAAAGCCAGAGUGAAAGAGACUUUCUUUGCAGAUGAUCCUCUGCGAACCUUCAAGGACCAAUCGAAUUCCCGAAAGUUGGUCCUGGGAAUUCAGGCUAUCUUUCCGAUAUUUGAAUGGGGAAGGAAUUACAAUCUGACUAAAUUUAGAGGAGAUAUAAUUGCUGGACUCACUAUUGCAAGUCUGUGUAUUCCACAGGAUAUAGGGUAUGCAAAACUUGCUAAUUUGGCUCCCCAGUAUGGAUUGUAUUCCAGCUUUGUACCACCACUGGUUUAUGCUUUGAUGGGUAGCUCAAGAGAUAUAGCGAUUGGGCCAGUGGCUGUUGUUUCUCUCUUGCUGGGAACACUGCUUCAGAAGGAGAUUGAUUACCAUACACAUCCAGCAGAGUACCUGCGGCUUGCAUUUACAGCUACCUUUUUUGCUGGGAUCACCCAAGCCACUCUAGGGAUACUAAGGUUGGGUUUUCUGAUUGACUUUCUAUCUCACGCUGCCAUUGUGGGUUUUAUGGGUGGAGCUGCCAUCACUAUUGCCCUUCAGCAACUUAAAGGCUUUCUUGGUAUUCAAAAAUUUACAAAGAAAACAGACAUUAUCUCUGUAAUGCGCUCAGUCUUUGAGGCAGCACAUCAUGGAUGGAACUGGCAGACAAUAGUAAUUGGAGUAUCUUUUCUAAUUUUUCUUCUAUUCGCGAAGUAUAUUGGAAAGAAGAAUAAGAACCUUUUUUGGGUGCCUGCAAUUGCUCCAUUAAUAUCAGUUAUUCUGUCCACCUUCUUUGUUUACAUAACCCAUGCAGACCAGAAAGGUGUGGCAAUCGUGAAACAUAUAGAAAAAGGAAUCAAUCCCUCGUCAGUGAAGCAAAUCUACUUCACCGGUGACAACCUCCUUAAAGGAUUCAGGAUUGGCGCAGUGGCUGGUAUGAUAGCAUUAACGGAAGCCAUAGCAAUUGGAAGAACAUUUGCUACCAUGAAGGAUUACCAGCUUGAUGGUAACAAAGAAAUGGUGGCACUAGGAACAAUGAACGUUAUUGGUUCAAUGACUUCCUGCUAUGUGGCAACAGGCUCAUUCUCUCGCUCAGCUGUGAAUUAUAUGUCUGGCUGCCAAACUGCAGUCUCAAACAUUGUUAUGUCCUGUGUUGUAUUUCUAACUCUAGAAUUCAUCACUCCUCUUUUCAAGUACACUCCAAAUGCUAUUCUCGCUGUCAUCAUCAUCUCCGCUGUCAUCAACUUGAUUGACAUUCAGGCAGCAAUUUUGCUUUGGAAGAUUGAUAAAUUUGAUUUUGUUGCUUGUUUGGGAGCCUUCUUCGGCGUGAUAUUUGCAAGUGUUGAGAUAGGUCUCCUCAUUGCUGUCUCUAUAUCAUUUGCUAAGAUACUCUUACAAGUAACCAGGCCACGGGUUGCCAUUCUCGGAAAGAUCCCUAGGACCACAGUAUAUAGGAACACUCAACAGUAUCCAGAAGCAACAAGGGUUCCGGGCAUUCUCAUUGUGAGAGUCGAUUCUGCAAUUUACUUCUCUAACUCCAAUUACAUCAAAGAGAGGAUAUUGAGAUGGUUGACAGAUGAGGAAGAACAAAUAAAGAAGGUGUAUUCAACAAAAACUCAGUUUUUGAUUGUUGAGAUGUCUCCUGUUACCGACAUUGACACUAGUGGAAUUCAUGCCUUGGAAGAGCUAUACAGGAAUCUCCAGAAAAGAGACAUUCAGCUUGUUUUGGCAAACCCCGGGCCGGUGGUGGUUGACAAACUCCACGCAUCCGAUCUUGCUAAUCUGAUCGGCGAGGACCAUAUCUUUCUAACAGUUGCUGAAGCUGUUUCGUCUUGCUCCCCAAAAUUAGUUGAAGAGGCCUAGUUUAAGAUUUGAAUGCUAGACCUUCCAGUGGAGUUGAGAAUGGAGUAAAAACUCACUCAGCUACAAAGCAGUAGUUUUCAUAGAUGCCCGAGGAUGAUAAUUCAGUAGAUGUAGUAAGCUGCAGAGGAAAAGGAAAAAAUGAACAAAAAGGAAAUGCACAACUAUGUAUGCACUCAUAAAGCUAAAAGUAAAAGGUGAUGAUUUUUUGUACCACAGAAAUGUGUCUAAAUGCCAUCAUUGUGUAUAUAUCUAAUGCUCAGCGAAAUAAUGAAGAAUCCUACUCUUCUGCUCAAUUUUCCCCAUAA